GCUCCUUGCUGGACGCCUCUCCCUGGCAGAUGCCUUCAAGGGAUUUUCCUCUUGUCCCAUUUCCAACUCCUUUGAAUUUUACCCAAAGAGAAGGCUGUUCUGUUAUUGAUUGCAGGAUGUUUUGGUUAAAUGGUGAUUUUUAUGUGGCUUAGCUCAUAGUGCUUCGAACUGAGCAGAGGUUUGAGAUCUCUGCAGGUCCCUGGGGCAGAAAAUGUGUUGCUUCUCCUCUCCCUGUCUCUCCUGUCCCUGUCAGUCCUGGGGAAAACUGCUGCCUGUACAUCGUUUGGGUGUCAGAAUCCCCUCCAUCUCAGUGAAAGCAGUGCUAAACUUCUGACCACAGCGAUUCAGCUCUUCUGCUUCUCUGCCCUUGUGUAAAUGAGCCAUAGGUGUGACCUGGGAGCCAAACAGAGCAAGAUGUUUUGAGUGUGGUUUUCAACCUGGGCACACUGGUCCCUACUCAGGGAUGGUUGUCCAAAUGCUGGUGAAAACAGGGAAGAAAAUGUCAGGGAAGUCUUCCCUGUUUUUCAGGCGGUGAUGCAUGACACCACAUACAUAGAUAGGUGCUGAUGGGCCAUAUCUUUAGCCCAUAUACACAGGGAACAUGGAUGUAUCCUGGGAGCUCUGUGAGACUCACAUAUUUGGCUCCUUCGUUGAUGCUGGAGGCAAUGCUGGUGAUGCUGCAGCAUGGCUGGGCUGAGCCUGCUGCUUCUGUAGUUUAUUCAGAGACGCCAGGAGACGACCUCCUUUCUCCAGACUGUGUGUGGUGAAUAAGAAGAGGUCAGGCUCCGGCAGAGCGAGGUCCUGCGAGGACGCGGGGCUCCCCUUCCCUCCCCGCCUGGCACGCAGGCACAGGCUGCAGCCCCAUCCCUGCCUGGCCGGGGUCCAAACAGGGUGAGCGUGCUGGUCAGCCCCAGCUCCUUUCAAAAAGCUCGCUCGGCUCUUAGCAGUAAAUAUAAUGAUCGUCCUGCUUGAGAGCUGAGUAGCCAGGAUCUCAGUGUUUAGUGAGAGAAAUGCUAAAGCCAAUGAGGUUAAUAACAAAAAAACUGAGGGCUUUCUGCUGUGGAUAUAACAAAACUGUGCUCAGCAGGUUUUGCUGGGUAUUGAUAUCUUGCUCAUCAGCUUGAUACCAUCCUUGUAGAGAUACUGAGCUGGGUGUUAAAAGCUCUGGGUCUAUGUUUGGCUCGUCCAGGGGCCCAUCUGUGUGAUGCUGGACACAGCAGGGACUCAGAACCUGCCUCCGUGCCACCAGGAAACACUCCUACGUGUUUAAAAAAUUACUUCCACCUGGUCUGUCACCUUUGGUGUCCAAACUUCAUUUGUCUCAUCUCUUGGUCUGCCCUGAUUCUUCCCUUCACCUCAUCUAAUUUUCCAGCCUUACUUUUUUGUCCUGUCUUUUUUCACUAAGACUCUCUCUGGCAGCAAUCUCAGCAGAACGGAGGUGUCUUAAACUGGGGUUAAGCAUGAAAAUCCCUCUAAAGGGCCAAGGCCUUACUUAGUGAGACUGAGGACUAGGUGGACCACCUCUGCCCAGGUGUGCAGUGAUGCAGGUUCACAUCGCUGGCAACAGGGUAUUAAAUCAGCCUGCAGGUCAGUGCAGUUGGGGAAGGACAGAGUGUUGCAAGAUGUUGCUUGCUGCUGCCAUGGCAAAGCAAUGCCUCCAAAGCUGCUCAAAGGGUUAAAGUGCUUUGGGCAGCACUAAUUAACCUCUGCAGCAGAUUCCCACACACUGAGAUCAACCCCAGUAAAUAGAGAAAGCGUUUGUGCCUGGAAUAAAGGGAAGGAGAGGGGGGAGAAACAUCGACCUGGACAAUGAAACAGGAGUUGGCAGCAACAAUAGCUGGACUUGGCUGAGGCUACACACUAGACCCUAAUUAAUCGUGAUGUCUAUACAUUAUGAAGUGGGGGAAGCAGGCCAGGACUGGCUACUGUGGCUUCCCUGCCUGCAGCCAGGUUUAGGGGUACAUUCUGGUUUUGGCUCUGGACAGCCAUAGGGCUUCUGAGGUCAAUGUUGCAGGAGGACCCCUCCUUCUAAAGGGCUCCUGCUUCGGUCUGGCAGGAGUGUCCCCACGGGGACCUGUUGCCCUUAGGGAGGGGUGGCUGGAUGGUUCUGUCACAGCUGUGAAAGCUGUUCAGAUUCUGGAGAACUAAACUGGUGGUUUUCUUGUGUUUUCAUAGCCUUUGCUCUUAGGCAGCACCGUAGGCUUGAAGGUGUUUAUUGGAAGUCUAUUGGGAUCAUUUCAGAGCUGGGGAAACUGAGUCACAGAGUGAUACCUACCACUCAGGGUCAAGGGGAAACUCCUGUGGGCCUGCUCCCAGCCCUGGCAAAUUGAUUAUGUGGUCUUCAAAGCACAGGGCUCUGCACCGCCAGGAUUCACCCCCCAUGGUUGGCAGAGGCUGGUGCAGUGCCUGCAGUGCUUAGGAGUGCUUUGGGGUGGUGCCCUGGAACCUGAUGGUGCCUGUGUUAGCAGUGCUAUUACAGACAUCAGCUUUGCAUCAGGAAUGAAAAGCCAGGGCUCCUGGGACAGCAACUGCAUUCUUCAAUUGGUAGGAGAGCUCCUCUGCACCUUCUAACCUUCAUGGGUCUCCAGGUGCAAGGGACACUGUCAGCCAGCACCCUGGUCCCUUCUCCUGUGUCCUGUACUGCCAGCCCUGGGGCUGCUGGCUUGGAAAAAACACCCAAAUAACUUCCCAAAUUUGCUACGCUGACGAGCUCCUCUUGAGGAAGACAGAGGCUUCAGUCAGCUCAGCCCAUUCCUGCCUGGGAACGCAGCGCACCCUUGGAUGUUGACUUUGCACUCCUGGAGCUCGAGGAGAGAAUGGUAGGGCCAGUGAACUAUAAAAUAUGUAAGUUGCGUAGCAUUAAAAAUGCAACAGAAACUUUGAAUUUAUGGCUGCAUUUGCUGUUUUCUGUGGGGAGGGCUUAGUGCUUUGAGCCUGCACAAGCAACGGAGCUUGAGUGUUUAUUUUGUGAAACCAGAGCAUGGCAUUCAGCCUGGUUGGGUGGAGGGCAUGCAGGAGUGAGCACAUGCUCCAGAAUGGCGUGUUUGUGUAGUGUAAAUCUGUACACCACACAGAGAGAGGGAGCUCCAGAGGAAGAGGAGCAUGGCUGGGAAUGUCUUGUGGCUAACGUGUGCAUCCCAGGCGUGGGUGGCUGCAGACACCACUUUCUCCCACGGACACCAGUGUUUGGUCCUUUCGCUGCCAUGUGGUGCUUUGGAAGGAUGGUGCUGUGCAAGCUGGAUGAGUGUCUUGCAGCAGGUUGUUGCCAGGCAUGAGUUUGGCAUCAUGUGUUUGUUGAAAGGAAAAGGUACUCUGAAGUCCGCUAGUGAUUCUGUGGUUUUCCCCCAAGGCCAGGGACUGGACUCAGCCAGUCCUCCCUCCUGCUUUGGAAGAAAAUGGCUUUUCAGAAAUCAGAGUUUUCCACUACAGCUUCAAAAAGCAAACUCUUAUGCUUUAGCUUCACCUUUUCAAUUUUCAGUGCUUAAAGCUCUGUGCAGCAUUGCAUUGGCCACCUUGACCGCAGGGUGAGCAAUAGCAGGAGGGAGGAGCAGGCAGUGGAGGCAACCACUCUAGGCUGGUGCCUUGUUCCUUGCCCAUGGGCAGCCCACGUGUGGACACCAUGGUCCUUCUCCAGGCCUCCUCUGGCAUGCAAGAAGGACAGGGAUGUAAGUGAGGCCAGGAGCUGGCUGGGUUUCUCCCAAGAGCUGCUGAACCUGCAGGAGUAUCCCCGUCGGUGUGGGCCAAGCAGCAAGAGGGAAUGACCAACCAACACUGGGAGCAUGCAGUGAGGGGGGGUGGGUUUGCUCUUCACUGAACAUCCCCCAGUCCCACACUGUCCCAGGCCACGCAUGGCUUCCAGGACCCUCCCAGGCUGUGGGGAGGAUGGGAACUACAUGAGCAGAACGACCCAGGUAGAUGCAGGUCAACGUUAAAUGCAGCCGACAUGAAACGCUGUUUUGAUUCAGGGUUGUCAGAAAGGCUUGUUUCCGCCAGAGUACGAGAAUAGACCAGUUCCUGAUGGUGUCUGGUUUUGUUCUGCAAGCAGUUCUGAGACUUUUAUUUGCUCUUCGCGUAGGAUGAGUAUAAAUGUCCAAAUCUGAGUCUGAGCGACUGCUCUUGGGAUGGAAGCAAAGUUCUCCAUCAGUUUGGAUUAGGGUACGCUUGGGCAGCCGUAUGGGAGAGCUACCUCAGAGAAGCCCAGCAGAAGGUGCCGUCUGUUUUCUUGGUGAGCACAGCUCUGCCAGCGUUGAUUCCCAUUUUCAUCUGUCUGGCCUCCAGUGGAGUUUACCCAAGCGAGGCAGAAUGGAGGAUAAUCUGAGAAUGAGCUGCAGGCCUUGACCUCUGCUUGGUAGGGUAGGUAAAACAAAGAAGCUACUGAAACAUUGGAUUUGGUGACAGCCAGGGCAGCACCCAGUGUUAAAGCGGCAAGGUGUCAUUGGGAAAAUCUUACUUUCCUUCCAGGGCUUCCCGUGCUUUGUCUCCUCUCCUACACCCUUCUCUUGGUGGUGCAGUGCCUGCUAGCUGGGAUCACCCAGGAGAGGUGGCCAGUGUCCGAGCAGAGCGAAACUUUCUAUCCUGCUAGAAAAGGGUGAUGCAAGUGUGGCAUGUACCUGCCGAUCUCUCUCUCCCCAGGCACUCAAUGGCUUUGUGCUGGUGGUGACAUCGGAAGGACUGAUAUUUUACUCCUCGCAUACUAUUCAGGACUAUCUGGGAUUUCAUCAGAUGUCAUGCACCAGAGCGUCUUUGAGCUGAUCCACACUGAGGACCAGCAGGAAUUCAGACGCAACCUCCACUGGGCCCUCAACCCACCCCACGCUCCCGAGGGUGAGCCUUCUGCAGAAGCAGGGAAGAGUCUCAGCUCUUCUGCUGUCGCAUACAAACCGGAUCAGCUGCCCCCAGAAAACUCCUCCUUUCUGGAAAGGAGCUUUGUGUGCCGAUUUCGCUGCCUCCUGGAUAAUUCCUCUGGCUUCCUGGCUUUAAACCUUCAAGGCAGGCUGAAAUUCCUUCAUGGGCAGAACAAAAAGUCUGAAGAUGGAUCUGUGCUGCCACCCCAGCUUGCUCUCUUCGCUAUCUCCACCCCCUUGCAGCCACCGUCCAUCCUGCAGAUCCGAACCAAGAACAUGAUCUUCAGGACAAAGCACAAGCUGGACUUCACCCCCUUGGCCUGUGAUGCCAAGGGGAAGAUAGUUUUGGGAUACACUGAGGCGGAGCUGCGGAUGUGUGGCACCGGCUACCAGUUUGUCCACGCUGCCGACAUGCUGUACUGUGCUGAGAACCAUGUCAGGAUGAUGAAGACGGGCGAGAGCGGUCUGACGGUCUUCCGCCUGCUGACGAAGGAGAAGCGCUGGAAGUGGGUGCAGGCCAACGCACGGCUCGUCUACAAGAAUGGCAAGCCUGAGUACAUCAUUGUCACGCAGAGACCUCUCGUAGACGAAGAAGGAGGCGAGCACCUUCGAAAGCGGUCCAUGCAUCUUCCCUUUACCUUUGCUACAGGAGAAGCACUCUUAUACCAAAGUGCUUACCCUCUCCCAGGCUUCCCUGACCCUUUUCAGAGCAAAGGGAAAACCAGCAAGCCCAAGAAGACCUCCCACAGCCACAGAGGUCGCUCCCAGAAGGACGGUGUUGACCCCAGUUCUCUGCUGGGCGCCGUGAUGCGACAGGACAAGGCGGUGUACGUCUCCCACCCAGCUCCCACACCUAACUGCUCCUGCAGCAGCAGUUGCGUGGACCACCUCGGGGACAUCUCCCUGCUGGAUGCAAGAGGAGAUGGCUGGAGUGUGGGCACUGCUCCAGCUUCUUUGAGCAGGGACAGCCUCAAAGAGGAGCUGGUAGAUUCUCAGCAGGAGGACCCUCUCUUGGCCACCCUAGACUCACUCUCAAUUAAGAGCGAUGAGAGCUGUUCCAACAAUGAGCUGUUCAGUGCACUGGAGGGCCUGGGGUUGAAUGCUGAAGACCUGGAGCUCCUGCUGCUGGAUGAGAAAAUGGUGAUGGUCAAUAUGGACCCUGACCACACCCCAUCCCAGAACAACUGCCUCACCAGCAAUGAGAUUCUCUCCUACAUCCACACCACGCUGGCAAACAAGCACGAGGGAGGACAACAGGUCUGUCCCCUCCCAGGCACAUCCCUGAGCCCAUGUGGAGGCACCACUGCGUACCAGGCCCACGUGGAGGACGAGGACUCGCAGUAUGUGCCCCAGCAUGUGGUGCAGCCCAGUAUCACCCCUGGCCAGCCCCCUGCUCAGCUGUGGGAACAGCCCCUCCAUACCAUGCCAGGGCAGCCACCCCCGCUGCUGCAGGAGCCAGCUGAGGAAGAGGGAGAGAUGGCUGAAGGCUUAGAGUGGAGGCCAGCUGGGGAGGAUGGUCUGCUCCUCUUCCUCCAGUUGGCACAGGGCAACCCGUGGGACAAGGCACCCGGCUCACCCCCGGGAACCUCCUGCCCACAGGAUCCCCCCAGGGCUCGGCAGCUGGAGGGGGGCUUCCCGGCCAUGCAUCCCACCCAAGAGGAUGCUCGCCAGUCCUUCUCCCUGCACAGCCAGUGCCAGGGAGGACCACCCAGCCAGCCAAAACAACAUCACGUGCCAAUGAACGGAUUGUGCGGCCGCAGCCCUGACCCCACUCUGCACCCACUCCCCAGCAGCAGCCCCAGCCUGUGGCAGGACUGUGUUCCCCUGCUCCUGGGGUCCCCAGCUCAGCCUGGUUUUUAUGGCAUCAGCCAAGACUUCAUCUCCCAGCACCAGGGAUGCUGGAGUCCCGGACCUGGCAUGCCAGCAGUACAUUUUAAUCGGAAUGGAUUAUGCAGCAUGGAAACUGCAGGCAGCAGGGGGUCCCAGGCAGAGAUGGCUCCCUGCUCUGGGUGCUUUUCGCCCUCCUUAUGCCAGCUUAUUCCCGAGAAGCAGCCGAGCGCCUCCGUGCCCCAGCACCCUUUUCCGAGCUCGUCUGCAGAGUGUUUCAGGAGCAUCAGCAGCCUGCUGGAGACUCCCGUGAACUCCUAUGGGACAUACGCCUCUGCACUGAGCCGGGAGAGCAGGCACAGGCAUGAGAGCAACUGUGGUUUGCCCAACGCUCCCCUGGGACUCCCAGGUGCCCGCCCGGUGCUGGAGGGGAGCCUGGUCCCCCCCUGCCAACCGCAUCCCCGGGCAGAAGUGCUACCAGAGCAUCCUCACACCUCCAGCAGUGACUUCGGUCUCUAGGAGAGACUGGACUGGACAGAGCAGGAUGAUUCUCUGGGGAAGGAGCUGCCUUCAAGUUGCAGAUAACAUACCUUUCCCUUGCCACAUACAUCUUGCCAUUGCUCUUGGUGUCAGUUGCUUUGGCUCAGUGGGAUUUUUGUGUUUGUUUGUUUGGGUUUUUUUAAUGUUAUUUUUUUAUCAAUUUACCACCGCCCUGCUCCCUGUGCCAGUCCUGUGGAGGUGUCCCUGGCCUGGGGAUGGCAGGUUUCCCCAGAGCAUGGGAGAGAGCUGGGCUGUGGUGUGGGUCAGCUGGCACAUGCAACCUCAUCUUUAUCUCAUGGCAUCCAAGGCUUUAGUCAGCUGGAGGAUCUCGGAGCACGUUUAUCACUUGCUGUCUCAUCCUACCCCCUGACCUCCUUGCUCUUGUUUCUCCAGCGGGUUGAGUGUCUGCCCAUCCUGCCUCCGUAUCUUAUAGAGAGUCAGCUGUGAAAAGUGUGGGCCUUUUAUGGUUGCUGCUGUCUUUUAAAUGGCAUUUGGAGACUAACUGUUGCUCUGGAAAGAAAAGGAUUGCUCUGCAUGGGCAGCCAGGCUACUGUGUUGAAGGUGUGAUAUUCAUGUGGUGAAUCCCACACUUUGCCAAGAAGCCAGGGAGAGAGCUCUCCAUUGCACUUGUCUUUGCAGUUCUGCAGUUAACUGAGUGCAAUUUUUGAUGUUUUUUUCCAGGCUGUUGGAAAGCCAGGCUGCUUCACUCUGCUCCCACAGUUUGGUAGUCCCCACAGUGUCUGUGGAAGGCAGCCCUUGUCCCAAAGGAUGGGUGGGUUUCUGAUGGCUUACGUCCUCCACCUUCACCAAAGCUUUGCAUUUACAUACAUGAUCCAACACAGACGCAAGACUUGCGUGUCCAGAAAAAAAAAAAAAAGGAAAGUUUUUCACUGCUGGUAUUAAGUUUCCUACCAUCCCAGCCAGGCACCUGUGCCUGUGGCCACACUGUACAGAUAUUGCCUGUUUUAUAAAGAAAGUGAACCCUGACUUGUGAUCUUCUGUUGCACUGGUCCUUCCCUACCGCCAAAUUUCCCUGUGUCCCAGCUGUUUGUAUUUGUAAGGAUCCAGAUGAGCAAAAUCCAGACCCCCGGGUUUUGCUGUAUGGUAUGUGAUGUGCCCAGGUUGGCUGAUAAGCAGUUUUUCUCCUGAGUGAUGGGGACAGAAGUAUCUGAACAGGCAGCAGGGCUCAUUCUCAAGCAGCAGGAGCAGGCUGGCUUAUAAGCCAUAGCUUGCAUCUGUGCCUGUGCAUAAAAAGAUUGCUGAUAAGUAAUGGAGCUGCCUAACCUGAGGAGAAGAUUUCAGAUUUGCUCUAUUAAAAAAAAAAAAAAAAAGUUUUUAUUAAGAUAAAGAAAAUAAAGAAAAUAAUUUAAAUGAUACUUAAUUUUAAAUACUGAUAGAGUGAUAUUUUCCCACAGAAAAUAAAUACAGCCUGUAUGUAUGUAUAUAAUACAAGUUGACAGAUGUAUUUUUAUGCCAUUCCAGUGAAGGUAAAAACCUCUUACCUUCCCAAAGUAGCAUCCUAUGGAAUGGGACAAAAAGGCUGCUCAAAAGAUGAGAAAUACAGCAACCCUUUAAGAAACCUGACAAAGCAUCAUCCCUCCUUCUGCAUGUCCAACUUUGGUUUCAUGUGAACUUUCUAUCCUUUUCGUUUCAAUAAAUGUUUUUGGACCUUUUGGACCUCA